AUGGACCGUUUGGCAUCUUUUGGAAGUAAGUAUAAACAUUUUUCGUUAUUAUUAAAUGUUCCUCCUGUAGGUUCAUGUUAAACAACAUCCUUCUUUUUCAGGCUACCUCAGGUUAGCCACAUUAGCUCUACUGUAGCUUGCUAACAUUAGCACGACAUCCAGCUUUGCUCUUUUUCCACAUUUAGACUCGUAUUUUUCAGAUAAAAUUAGUCCAGUGGUCAUUUUCGUGACUGUGAAUUAUUUAACAGUCCAUGCAGUAAACCUGUUUUUGUAUCGUUAAGGUGUUUUAUUUGCUGUUUUCAUGCGCUGGUUUGUUUACCACCUGGUUUCAGAGAGGCCUCAGUAUCUCUGACACAGUUGGAGACUGUUUUAUUCUGAUUUUAACAAGAUAUUCUGUUAAAACAUUAAAGUUUAUGAUUGUUAAUGUGUGUGUUUGAUUUCACAGAUGAUCCUUUUGAUAAACCACCGUGCAGAGGCUGCUCAUCCUAUCUCACUGAGCCUUAUGUUAAGUGUGCAGAGUGUGGACCUGCACCUUUUCUCCUCUGCCUCCAGGUGAGUGUGGACAUAAUACACACAGUAUACACAUAAUACACACACACACACAUUAUGAGAGCUCUUAUUAGUCAUCAGACCACCCAUUAUAACUGAAAUUCUGCUUUAUUCCAGUGUUUCACCAGAGGAUUUGAGUACAAGAAGCAUCAGAGUGAUCACAAAUAUGAAAUCAUGGUAAGUGAAAUACAAGUGAUCUGUUUGACAGAGACAGAUACCCAUGUGUUUUGAGGCCAUAAAGUUCUCACCAAUUAUCGUUAAGGCAAAAGGAAGGUGCACAUUCCUAAAGCACCCAAGCAAUAUAGGUUUAAGGCAUAUUAUAUUAUCAGUGGCGGCUGCUGGUCUUUCAAGGAGGGGAAGCUCAUUUUUCUGGCCUACAUCAUAAUUGUAUUUGUUUAUUAGUAUGUAACAGAACAGAGUCGCCAAACACAACGGCAGUCAUUUUUAACAAAGACCAAAGUCGCUGAGGAUCGGUAAAGUCUCCGGAGCAGUUAAGAACAACGGAAUGAAUAACUUGGAAAAUGCUCUGAUAGAUGUUUUAUUCUUCAAGAUCGCUGAUUCGCUUGUUUAGCUGUCAAUCAAAAAAGGAUUUCGCCUCAGACAGCUCAUCCAAUCAUGGAUGCAGAAGCUCGGAGUCCGGGAGAAAGUCGGGACCGCCCUCUUGCCAUAGAACUCCAGUGAAGCUGGGCUUCCGAUGGGCGGGACAAAGCCCAGCAUUUAUCCAAUGAGCGUCUAGUUUCGCUGCUGGAACAACCCACUUUGAGCUUCCACAUUGAAGUCAGCAGAAGCCCAGCGUCCGGCUGUUUAAAGCGCUGAGGCGCUGCGAGGAUGAAUGAGAACGAAGUUAUGCCGGUUACCUGUGAUUAUCAGCUUCUUAUCACAGUGUCUGAACAAAAGAUGAAGGCUUUCUAGCGCGUAUUUAGUUAAUGAAAUGUACACACAGCCAUACGUAUUUCACCACUUUUUCUUUUUUUUGGGGGGUGACAUUUUAAGGAAGGCUGAGCUUCCCUUGCAGUCUUAGAGCAAUCGCCACUGAUGCAUAUGUGUUUUACAGGCCCCUCUAAAUACGGGGUGUGUGUAAUUUUUUUGUCCCUUGGAGAAUUCUGUUUUCCCUUUUUGUGAUUGUGCAGUUUCUCUCAUUUAGACUGUCUGCAGGUGAGAGUGGACACACCUGAAGUCAGUGAGGCGGUGAUUAAUGCUGCAGAUAGCAGAGCAUAUGAGGCUGAGUGCAAUCAGCAGUCUGAGAGAUGUGAGGCUGUGAUGAGAGCCUGUUUUUGUUGGACUUAUUUUUGGACUAAUUUCUUCCUCUGCAGGGGAUAUUUUUGCCAAGUGCUUCAUUAAUUUGACAUGUUUGUGUUAUGCUGAUAUGGCAUAAUAAGUUUUCUCCUCAUUUUUUUGAGAAUUUACAUCCUGUUUGAGAGUUUUCCUUUCCACUCAUACUACCGACCAUCCAAGAGCAUAACACCAAGAUUAAAAAAACAUCACCAUUUAUUCUUGUAUUACAGACAUCAGACUUUCCUGUUCUGGAGCCAGGAUGGACGGCGCAGGAGGAGAUGGCCCUGUUAGAGGCAGUCAUGGACUGUGGCUUUGGAAACUGGUGAGUGUUUCAUUUGGUCAAAGCUCUUCAAGCUACGACCAUCCGGGCCAGUCUGAUGGUUGGAUGCUUUUAUUUGGGGUGUAACUUUGGUGCCGGGUUCAUUAACGCUGGAAAAGGUAUACUUCACAGUCUACAUGUUGCCUUGGAUUGCUCUCUUUGCUUCUUUUAUUUCAUCCAAAACUUAAAUCUGUGUGUGCAUCAAAACAUACACUAGUAUUUCAAAGUUAGAUAUAAGUCUAACUGACUGUAUUACUAAUAACAAAAUAAAAUCCAUGAAUUUAGAUAAAAGACAGACUCAGCGCCCUGCAUGCUCCUCAACUUUAGUUGUUUGCUGAAUGUGAAAUUAAGCACCUAUUAGCCUCCAGACCAAAAUGAGAUUUUACAUAGACAGUCUUUAAUUUACAAUAAAUUCUUAGCCCCAAAAAAUGUCCCUUCAGAACAAACACGAGUAUCAAAGUAAACUGAAAACAGUGAUGUUUUACUUCGUUUUGUUGAGGACACUUGUGUUGUAUGAAUAGAAUUUGAGUCAUUAUUUGGACUCUAGACUCACAGUGAACAGAGUGAGCCAAUGGAUAAUUCGUCGUCAUCGAGAUACAAUCCCUACACCUGGUCCUGGGCUGGCCACGAGGUCUCCUUCCGGUGGGACAUGUCUGGAACACCUCUAACGGGAGGCAUCCAGAAGGCAUCCUAACCAGGUGCCCAAGCCGCCUCAGCUGACUCCUCUCAACAUGGAGGAGCAGCGGUUCUACUCUGAGCGCCUCCCGAGGGUCCGAGCUCCUUACCCUUUCUCUAAGGCUGAGCCUGGCCACCCUGCGAAGGAAACUCAUUUCGGCUGCUUUUAUCCGCAAUCUUGUUCUUUCGGUCAUUACCCAAAGUUUAUAAUAAUAGGUGAGGGUCGGCACGUAGAUCGACCGGAAAGUCAGUGGAUAAUUCAUGUCUUAUAAAGUUUUCUGAAGUUGUUAUUUGUGCCUUUUUUCUUCUGCAGGCAGGAUGUGGCUUAUCAGAUGCGUACUAAAACCAAAGAGGAAUGCGAGAGCCACUACAUGAAGAACUUCAUCAACAACCCGCUCUUCUCCUCGACCUUGCUGAGCCUACGCAAAACAAAAGACUCCUGCUUUGCUGAGGGUGCUAUUCCUUUUAAACGUCAGUAUCCACACAAAGUGCUUACUCAUUUGAAAAAAGGAACAAAAAAAGAAGUCCUUUAAAACUGUACAACUCUUACAACAUGUAGUUAGAGGAAUAGCCAGUAUUUAAAGGCACUAUGGGGAGUUUUUAACCGGUAGAGAAACUUAAACUGAUGUUCAAAAGCAAACGGACCAUCAGCAACAAGAGUAACUUCUUUGUGGUCAUUUUAAGAGGGGGUAGGUUUACACUGGAUGAUUGACAGCAGGCUGAAGAAAAAGACUUUUUUGAUUGUUUUUGUAAAGAGAGUAUUUAGAGUGAGUGAUACAUUUGUACAGGAGGAGCCAGAACCAGCACAGAUCAAACCGUCGUCACAACAGCUUUGUUAUUAGUUGUUUCAUCCGGUCUGCUGUUAAUACUAGACUUAAAUUUUGACAAUAUUUUGAAAUGCUAGUUUUCCAGAUUGAUUUCUAGAGUAGCAAAAAUGAAGAUUUUCAUGAGAAACUGAAGUUAAAAGUCCCCUUAAGCCUGAAAGCCUCCAGCUAUUGUGACAGAAACAGUUGGCGAGUUAAGAACUCACAGUCACAGUUUCUAUCAGGCUUCAGGCCUCCGUCUGUCACAGUGUUUGAGAGCUUGACAAAGACUUAACACUCUCAUGUUCAUGCAGAUAGAAAUGCAAUAACGGUCAGUCUCUAAUAUUUCAUCUUCACGUUGAAAUGCUGAUGCAUCUAAAUCCACGGUGUGUUUAUCCCUGUUGUAGCCUCAGAUGACCCCCCUCGGCCCACAUUUGACUCAGUGCUGUCUCGAGAUAUGGCCGGAUACAUGCCUGCCAGAGCAGACUUCAUGGAGGUGAGGGAGAGAUUAAUGUGUUUUUUUAUUAUUAUCAACAUGAUCAAACAAAGGAAAGUGCUCCAAGAAGCUCUUUAUUGGAUUAUAUUGAAACAGUGACUCAUGCUGUAGUUGUUAACUUUUGCCAUUGUUUGCUUUCAGGCAUAAACUGUUUUGAAGUCUGAGUGUUAUCUCUGAGCAUCGGUCGAUUAUAAGUAAAGUUUGAUCAAAGCAGGAGAUGAUGAGAGCCUUUUUUCUCUGAUAGGAGUUUGACAACUAUGCAGAAUGGGAUUUAAAAGACAUCGACUUCGUGGAUGAUGACUCAGACAUCCUCCGUGGUGGGUAGAAUCUCACUCAGUCUUGUUUUUAAUCGACUAAGGUAAUGGUUUAAUCACACUGUAACUUUAAUAUAUCGUUCUGUUUCAGCUCUCAAGCUCUCAGUUGUCGACAUAUAUCAUUCAAGAUUGAAAGAGAGGCAGCGGAGGAAAAAGUAGGUCCUUUUUUCAUUCACUCAGAUGGAUGCAGAAUAAAUGCAUUUGUGUAAUAACCCCCAUCUAUCAGUAGAUGGCAUUAUAGGCUCCUGGAAAUGCCUGUCAGAGCCCCAUUUUCCUCGGAUACUCAUUUAUGCUUUCAUGUUUAAUAAAUGCAUUUCAUACUGAGUUAAAAUUUACAAGGCAAAUCAUUUAAACCCCUUGUCUGUAUCUUUUUUAAUAUUAAUCAAUUCAUAAUGGUUAUAUAUUCAUAAUUUGUAAUCUAAACUUUUAAUUAUUUGUUAAAAGUGCUUCAGAGACACACGUCCUGGGAGACGGAGGUUGUUAGAGAAUCAGUGAUGUGAAUAUAAUUGAAUAUUUAAAGCUUUUUCAGGCUUUCAAGUCACAGGGAUUCAUGCGGCUGCAACAAAGUAGCUGUGGGAACCUUUAUCAAGCCCCAGAUAACUGAAGAAGUGCAGAAGAAAUGUAUCUGUGCUAAUCUGAAUGUUUGCUUUUUUUAUAAAGCCACCAUUCACAACAUUUUUAACAGGAUUUUGAAACGUUUAAGAGUCAAUCGAGUAUAAAAGUUGCACCUUUUUUAUGCACGGUUAAUUUCACAAAAGAAUGCCUUACAAAGAUAUGCAGUUAUAUCGGGUCGCAUUAGAUUGCCUCAGAGGCUCAUAAUGUAACGGCCGCUUGUUGAAUUUUAUGACUGGUUCUGUAAAAUAAAGCUGAUGCAGUCAGAGGAUAGGUAAAAGGACAACGUUUUAAUGAUCAGUUGGUUAUCAGCUUUGGAGGAAAAAGAAAUAUUUUGUAGUUUCAGCUUCUCUCUUUGAUUUGUAGCCUUGUGUGUCUUACGUGCAAGUGCGUUUACUCGAGCACCCCCUUUAUUAGGCAAAUCUCAGUCUCUAUAGAUUUUACAUGAAAAUGCAGAAUCUAUGGGGGGUCUGGAUUUUCAGCAUGGGAAGUGUGGUUGUCUUUGUAGUUAUGAACAGGGAUGUUUCAUUAUUUAUGCAGGAAAAACAUGUUGAAAGCAAAAGCAAGUGAAACACAUGAGACUGAAUUUAUUUUAUUUUAUUUUAUUUUAUUUUAUUUAUUAUAUUAUCAUUAUUAUUAUUGUUAUCAUAAUAAUUUUAUUUCAUUUAUUAUUUUUUAUUAAUUAAUCUGUUUUAUUAUUUUUUAUUAUUAUUAUUUUAUUUUAUUAUUUAUUGAAUUUAUUGAAUUAUCCUUCGGGGAUAAAAUAAAGUUAUUCUUACAGUCAUGACAUCUGAAAAGUUGUUUCCUUUUCCUCCAUGAUGAUCUGACAAAGUUUGUUCAUUUGGGGUCAUACCACUAAAGUGAAGCCAGAAUGAGACGUUUACCUUGCUGACGUAAAUGCUGUCAACACCAGAAUUACUGUAAUGAUGGCAUUUAUUCCCCAGAUUAACCAUCAGAAAUAAGAGAGAUGAUAGACGAUAACUGUCAGUGCUUUCUGGGAUUGAGUGCAUCUUUAUACAGCAGUCCUGCAAUAAACUCAAAAACAACCGAAGAAGCAGAAACAUCUCUUAUAAAGCAAAAUAAUUUAAGAGGAAUGAAAACCACAUUCUUUAAAAGUAUCAUUAAGUUGAACAGAAACGGCAUCAGGUUUUAGAGAAAUUAAGAACAGCGUUUUAUUGCUUUUUUUAUGAUCUUUUAAAUAUUUGAAUUAAUGACUGAGGGAAAUAAUUUAACAGUGAAUUGUUAUUAUCGCUAAAAGAUGCUGAGGAAAGAGAUCUUGUAGAAAAUAUAGACAGUAGUUUGUGGCAGGGUUGUUUGCCUCACUAAUUUUCUGGUAUCAGUAUUUUCUUCCUUUUCCUAAACUUGUCAGUCACUUUCUCGAGGAUCUCCUCCACCUUUAGCCCGUCAGCUGUCAUGCUUGGACACACAGGCCAUCAAUCUUCAGUCCUGUAAAAGAUCUGCCACUAAAUCAGCAGUAAUGAGUUUGGAGAACGGAGGAAUGGCAUGUGUCCUCUUCUCAUGAUCCUUAUUUUAUCUCUGUGAACUUGUAACAUGUCCAAAAGACUUCCAGGCUCGUUACACAUGCCAAAACCCUGAACUCUGACCUUCAGGGAGUUCUUCACAUACCUCUUAAUCGGUCUGACUUAAAAUCCAAUUAUUGUAGGAAUGUUGUCUUGCUGCUGUAUACAGGGAAGACGUAUAUAUUUAGUUUUCAAAUGUCAUAAUGACAUUAUAGACUGUAACAGCCAAGAUAAUAACAUGUGAGUAAUUGCCUGGUUUAAUUUUGAAGGCGCUCUGCAAUCAGAAAAUUCAUUUGCAUAUUAUUACAUCGUCUCUAUUUCUUCCAGGAUAAUCCGAGACCACGGCCUGAUCAACCUGCGGAAAUUCCAGAGUAAGUCGUAACGCCGAUGAAACUCACUCGGGCUCGGCUCUGACGGCAUUCAUAGCAACUCAGGGAGGCAUCUGAUACCUCCCAGACAAAUCGCUGGUCAGGGUUUCUAUGGAUGCACGCAAACAUCUCCAAUGUAAUUACCCCCUCAGCCUCUGAAGCCCGUCAUGAGGCAGAAGUGUGGCGACUGAUGGAGCUGUGAAUAGAUUCUUAUACGAUGAGCCUGCUUGCAUAUCGGCUCAGAAUGUGGAGGGCUUUGUUUAUCGAUCCACCUGUCGCAGGUUGAAUUUCACUCUAUUGCAGUUUUUAGCAUCUCUGAGGUUUUUUGCAUCAGAGGUCAGGCAGGCAGCGACAGGGGGGCUGCUACCAACGGACUCCUCCAAUUAAACUCUGUUUCUAAAACAAGUGCGGACCCCCCCCCCCAGCCUGUUGUUGCCUCCCACAUGGCGCUCUGUGAAAUAACCUGAGGUCUGGGAGUUGAAGACUUCUUCAUCCCUCAUGAUUGAUUUAUGUUUCCUCCUGCCUACAGUUAGCCCUCCUCCAUUUUUUCCCUCCACUCCCUUAUCGCUCCAGUCUUUCAAGACAAAAGGGAACUCAGAGUAGCUGUAGAGCUGCAGACCGGUUGUCAUGGAGACUGUCAAAGACUGUGUGUGCUUCUACAGAGCACGCCAGUGUGUGUGUGUGUGUGUCACAUGCAAUAAUGGAGGCAGUUUCUGAGCCCAGGAGGCUCACAGUAUCAUGUCUCAGUGAGUGCUGGAGGCAGUUUGACCGGUGUUGUUGUUGUUUCAGAGCCGCAGUCUGUGUGCGGACUUCUCACUCUGAAUGAUUCAAGCUUGUCAAGUUGAUGUUUUGUUUGUUUACUGUUGUUUUUGUGCGUCCACAUAAAUGUCCAGCGUUAAGACGAUAUUUGUCCUCUGUUUUCUUCAGAGCAUGACUUCAUGUGUUUAUCCAAGAUGGCAGCUGUUAAUUAGCGCUCACAUAUAAAAGCCUUAUAAAGGAACUUGAAGGACAUACACACAAACACUUGUGAGCACUCCUCUCACACCCACACAACAGCUUUCCUCUCUGGCUUUGACACUUGUCUAUUACUCAGCAACACGGCCGAUGCUUUGAGAAAAACACAACAAACUCUUCAGAGUGUGUGUGUGUCCACAGAGUCAGUGAGUAAAGUGGAAACAUAUCGAAGAACAAGCGUUACUGUGACCAAUCUCAGAGAUGGAGGAUGUCAUUUGAUGCAGAGAGGUUACAGACUGAUCUGAUGGUUGAUAUGUUUUGUCUGUUUGUUUCAGCCGGGCUCUGAAUUAGUCAAAUGAAUAUAAUUAUAACAUAUUCAGAGGUAUACGUAAACAGAUGUUUCUCAGCGGUGAAUGCAGAUUCACUAACUUCACUUUUUUCACACUUUUGGUAAAAAUCAUGAACUUAAGAUGCGCUCAAGUGUCUAAGAGUCAUUUCUUUCAUGUUUCUGAGCAAUGUACGUUUGCUUCUGCUGCCCACUCACUCCUCUCCUCUCCUUUUCUCCUCCUCUCCUCUUUUCCUCUUCUUCUCCUCUCUUUCAGUGCUGGAGCGUUGUUACCCCAAAGAGGUCCAGGAGCUGUAUGACGUCAUGAGGCGAUUCGCCAGGGUGGUUGGACCAAUCGAACAUGACAAAUUCAUCGAGGGUCACGCGCGUCAGUAUCCGGCUCAGUACACGUGAUUAGGCUCAGAAAAUGUGUCAUCAGUUACAAAUAGUGUGAAUUUAAUCGGUCCCUGUUGAGAGUUGAUCUUUGAUUUUCACUGUAAUGUAAGACUGCCUACUUAGCUUAGCUCGACAUGUGGCAGUCAUUUUUGUUUCCGCCUGGUGAACCCAAAUGGAAUACUUACUGUCUCUGAGCUCCUUCUGGGGUCCCCACUAACUUCUGAGGGAAAUAGGAAACAUUAAUACUGUUGUGUGGUAGGUCCAUGUAUUAUCCGUCCAUUCAGUUAUUCCAUUCAAUCUAGGAAACGAAAAAUGAAAAAAAACGAGUAAGUAUUUUGUUUAUUUGUUUUUCUAUAUAACCAAAAAUAAAAAAAAAUAGUGUUUGUUUUUGUGUUUUCAGUUCAAAACAGAAUAUGUAAUAGAGAGAGAAACUAAAACAAAAUAAUAAGUCUACUUUUUGUUUUCGGGUUAUUGAUGUCACCAUUUCCCACAGUGCCUUUCUACUGUUCGCACAUGUACAACAAAAUGGACCAAAAACUCGUUGAGUGUUAGAGAAAGGCUAACCUGCUGUCAUGGAGACGGACGCAUCCUACGUAUUAUUUAAAGCCACCAGGAGGGUCACGCUGAAGGAGGAAGAUAUGACUGUAGGAAAAAUUACAACCAGAUCUCUGUUACAAUGUAAGAUAUUGGCGCUCGAACCGCUCUGUCGCAUCUUUCGCCAUGGUAACUGUCACUGAGGAUCAUGGGAAUGCCGGUGUAGCCUCUAUGCAUGUAUGCUCAUCACAGGCGCACUCAAAAUCAAUAAUUGUAAAUAAUAUUUAUUUCGUUUUCAUUUCCUUCUCUAUUAUAUGUUCUGUUUUGAGCCGAAAAAACGAAAACAAACACAAUUUAUUUAUUUUUUUGUAAUGAGGAAAAACAAAUAAACAAAAUGUUGACUUGUUUUUUGUUUACUAGAUUGAAUGGAAUAAUUGAAUGGACGUAUAAUACACGGACCGUGGUCGUUUAAAGCUCCGUUGUUUGAAGCCCAUUCAAGAAGUUUGAUCAAAUUGCUUCUCGAUCCCGCUGUGUUUCCACCCUAAUUCAAUCCAACUCAACAGCUUUGAAGACAAAUUCGACUCAUGUGAAGCUUCUGCUUUUCUGUAAACUAAUGUAAAAGUCGUAUCUCACAGUGAGCUCUCAGUAAAGCUCUGUUUAGAUGAAGGAUGCUGUAGAUUUAGGCUCGUCUCUACAGAAGAGGCAGGCCUCCUCAUUUCCAGUCUGCAUAAUAUCCUUCGCCAAACCUUCCUUUGCUUUUUAUUCAUGAGCUCAGAAAUAAGAAUGGUGGGAUCCUCAACUAGUCUCUCAGCAAGGACAGAUAAAGUUUUAAAACUAUUCCCUUGAAUUUCUCUUGAACUGUAAACAACAGCCACAUUAUUUAUGUCCUGAACUUGAUGUGAACUCCGUAUGAACCUGAGUGAUGUAAAAGAGUGUUGAGAGAGAGUUCAGCCGCCUCUCUUUGUAACAGUUUGUAAGGAUUUACCUUCAUCUCUUUUCCCUUGCAGUGGAGUUCGAGCUGCGGAGAGAGAUCCGCAGGCUGCAGGAGUACAGAAAAGCGGGGAUCAAGUCUUUCUGUAGUGAGUCACGUCUGACCUUUUCACUCCUCUGUUCGGAGAAACUUCAUUUUAAAGUUGCAGGAGUAAGCAGGGGGAAAUGUGUUUACAUGCAGAGGGGAGCUGAAGUCUUAUUUCGACUUUGGCUCUAAAUUGUUUUUAAUUAUUAUUUGCAUAAGCAGCAGCUCAGUGUAUCAAGUCUUUGGAUCAGUUUUUGGAAUUAUAAUGUUUGGCUUGUUUGCUGAUGCAACGCACACAAAGGAGAGCUCAGCUGAAUAUUUUAUCGAGCUGCUUUAUCAGCUGGUCUUGGACUGAUAUCAGAGAAUUGUUGGCAGAAUUAAUAAGACAUUUACAUAAUGAAUUGUUUGGGUAAAUUACACCUUGCUCGUUCAUUAAAAACAUGUUUUUUUUUCACCUGGAAACAGCGAGCAAACAUUUUUUAAUUCUCUGUUCCUGAUCGCUCUCAUCACCCUCUCUGUGCGACCCCUCUUAGGUGCCAAGGUGUAUGAGCGGGUGAAGCGAAUGCGGGAGGAGGAGCGGAGGAAGCGGACCAUGCUGUGUGACGUCCUGCAGUACAUCCAGGACGGCCGAGCGUGCCAGCAGUGGCUCAGCAAACAGGCUGCAAUGUGAGACUUCCUGCCUGUUACUCCGUGUGUAAAUGAAAGGCUGGUGAAGUCGCUCUCUCUGGAGACGCUGACCUCUGUCACCGCUCUCUGGGAAGAACACACUAGACUUUGAAGUUACCGUGCAUCCUGUCUCUUCUGUAUUUUUAGUCUUUUCAUGUUCUGUUGCUCCUGUUUCUUCAUCCGAGGCCUUUUCUGUGGGUGUUAUUUUUUCAAGUUCGUCUCAUUAUCUCACCUAAAAAAAAAAAACACUUGAAAGAGAUGAUUCAUCCUUUUUGGAUGUUGAUCCUUGAGUAGGAAUGGUGAACAUAACCCAGAAAUGCUGUGUGUAAGUCUGACUGUUGUGUGCGUAUAAAUAAGCUCGUAAAGGUGCUAACAUUCUUCUUUGUGAUCACAGAGAUGCCGGCAUCACUCCAGCUGUCACAACAAUCACAGUGUCAGGUAUGAGGCUUCUCUCCACCUCUACCUCUGUGCUCUUUUUCCCUGCUGUCGUCUCGGCAUGGCCCUAGGCUCAGUCAGAUCAAUGCAGACACUCAUCCAUAAAUACACUGGAAAAAUAACCCCCUGCAUGAAUAUUUAUCUGGCUGUGUCUCUCCUGUAUGAGCGAGCUUUUUUAACCCCAGGACUAAAAUGACACAUACUCCCACCAGGCUGCACUUUCAGAUAUUUCUUCUUGUCUCCUCUAAAUAACCGGAUUAUCUGCAUGGUGUCAGCCUGCUAUUAUGUUAUCUGAUAUGUGAGUUUGAUGGUUUUUGAAUUUGUGCUCCACAGCGACAGGUAGGCGGAGCGCUCCUCCUCUCAACCUGACGGGGCUGCCGGGGACGGAGAAACUCAACGAGCGGGAGAAAGAGGUACGUCUGUGUUUUUUAAAGGUCAAACAGGAAGAGUUUAGGAUUCUUCACUUGAAGGAGGAUGUCGAACACGUCUAAAGAUCCCAGACUUUAACGUGUUUUUUUUUAGGGCAACGAUUGAACACAAAGCUAAAAACUUCUUGUUCUAGACUUUGAGUGGCUGCUUAAGAUUACAGUUUCAGACACAUGCUGCUCCAUUCAGUGCAGUUUUAAAGCUGAUAUGAGGAGUUCUUGGCUGGUUCUAAAAUGGGCUGACUUUCAUGCUGCCACCCUGUAAAUAAGACCAUAAUUGACAAGAAAAAAUAGUUUCUAUUUAGUAAUUUUAAAGCCUCAAGCUGCUGCUGCAGGGGAAGUGUCAAAGGAUGUGAUGUUUGCUGUUUUUCUUUAAACUAUACGAUGAGACACACAUAUGAUAUUAAGGUUUACACGCUGGAGCACAUGACAACGAAAUACAAACUGUUCAGACCUGAUCUGUUCUUUAAACUAGGCUGUAAACAUGUUUUAAUGUUUGCAGCCUCAAGCCAACAUUCAGAGAACUUAACUUUUAACACGUCUGCAUUGGAAUCAUUUCUCAAGAGCGGAGGUUGUUUCUUGGGUUUCACUAAAAGUACACAGUCUACCUCACUUAUGCAUGAAAAAUUCUCUCCUCUUGAGAGCAAGUAGAAAUGUUUAAAAGCUGUAAAGAGGCUACAUUAGGAAGGGAAAUUUUGCUCGCUAGUUUUCGUGCUUCUACAGCAAACCCAGGAGGAAAGUGCCAAACAUGACUCAUUGUGCUUAAGUUUAGGGAGAUGAAUUUAAAACAGUUAGGAUUAAACUCCAGAAAGGAGCAAUUAAAAAAAGUUAAACCAUAAAAUGAAUAAUGGAGUGUAUUCUUGGGUUUUUACUUCUUUGUGGUGCUGUUUUUCAAGGGCUCUAUAUCAUUGAUUGUCUUUGAAAAGCAGAAACACGCCUUAGGCUUUAGUUUUCUCCUGUUUUGGUCAAUGAUUGUGUAAAGUCUGCAAGUUGUGGACUUCUGUUCUUCUUUGAUGAAUGAUUGAAUGAAAAAGUAAUUUCAGUCUUUAUUUAUAUACAGCACUUUUCAUACACAACAUGUAGCACUAAGUGCUUUACACAGAAAAAGGAAUAAAAGAAACAAAGAAUACCCAAAUGUACCCCAGCCCAACCCCUCAUUCCCACCCCACGAUCUAAAUGCAACAGAAACAGUAUUAAAUGCAUGAACAUAAAAAGGGCUUGAUUUCGUGGGAACAGGAGUGUGUGCACUGAUGAAACGUCCUUUUAAAACCCAAGAUAAGGAAACACUGGAGGUUAAGGUUAAAAUCUACAACAAAGAAACAUAGAAUGAAAUUUAAGAAAUAAAAUUAAAUAAAAACAACAGUAAAAGAUACUUAAAGUAGAAGAUUUGUCUCUAAAUGUAAGAAGACUAGAGCUUAAACACAAAGUAGGACCCACCUGGACUCCAGGUCUGGUAACCCUUAAUUUAAUAUCAGCUCAUAUCAUAUAAGAUUGACUGAUAUUAACUGUUACUUUCUCUAAACAGAACUUUUGAUUUUUCUCUCUGAAAAAGAAUUGACAUGCCUAAUUGUUAAAAAACAAAGUUUGUGAAUAUACAAUAGCUAACAUGCGUGUAAGUGAAACAACAAGAAGAGGUUUCCAGUCAUAACGGAGUAUUUAAUGGAGCUAAUUAGAGCUGUCCCCGUCAAUGUGACUCCACACAAUGACCCGAGCGUCUGUUCUGUGCCUCUAGUUAUGCCAGGUGGUGCGUCUGGUGCCCGGGGCUUACCUGGAGUACAAGCAGGCUUUGCUAAAUGAGUGCAGACGGCAGGGCGGGCUGCGUCUGGCCCAGGCCCGGGCCCUGAUCAAGAUCGACGUGAACAAGACCCGCAAAAUCUACGAUUUCCUGAUCAAAGAGGGCUACAUCACCAAGGCGUAA